AUGGAUCAAUUGACGUUCAAGAGAAAAUCGCGCAAAGCGCUCGCAAUCAUCUGUCUCGCAAUGGAAGACUCGCAGCUACCAUUGGUCCGGUCAGCUAGUGGCGCGCAUGAUGCAUGGUCAAGACUGGAAGGACACUUCGAGAAGAGGAGCCUGGCCAACAAGCUCUUCCUUCGUCGACGUUUCUUCACGACGAUGAUGGACGAAGGUGAUGAUGUGCUGGAGCACAUUAACAAGCUCAAGACUCUGGCGGAGCAGCUCGACGCGGUCGGCGCUCCGGUCAGUGAGGACGACUUGGUGAUCACGCUUCUUGGAAGUCUGAGUGAAUCGUACCAGUUCCUCAUCACGGCGUUGGAGUCGAGAGCUGACACGCUGACAUGGGAACUCGUGACGUCUCGGCUACUACAUGAAGACAUGAAGCGCAAGGAACAAGGUGGCGGCGUCGACGAAUCCGCGCACGGUCAAAGUCAAGCGUUCAUGACAAGCAAUCACAGCAAGCGAAAAGGAGGACGGCCUGUGCAGAAGGCCAGUGCAUGUCACUACUGUGGUAGCAAGGACAUUGGAUUACCAAGUGUCCAGUGA